GCAGUGAGAGUUACAUGGAAAACGUGGGGUGGGCACAUCUCUUAGGCUUUGCCCCUCUUUCCUCUGGUGCUGUACCAUAACUCAGUGCUCACACCAUACACUGCCUGCUGCCUGAGCUCCUGCUCUUUGCUCUUCCUAGGUCCCUGGGGCAGCUCGCUGGAAGGAUGAUGGCAAGGAGUAAUGGCCUGCAGCUGCCCGGCCCCUGCCCACCCCUACCAACCAGAGCCAGGACUGAUGCACAGAGCACAGAGCUCAGCACAAGCAGGACCCACUCGACCCAGGAUGAGACCUUGGAGCUGCGCAGAGGAACUCCUGCAUAUGGGGGGGAGCAGCCAGCUGCCCCCCCUUCCCAAGGCAGACCAGCUCUGGCCAGGAUUGUCAGGCUUGUGCUGGUGCUGCGGGACUGGGCCAGCAAGAGCUUGCAGGAGGAGCAGCAGAAGCCAGACCCCUUCCUUGAGCGCUUCCAGGGUCCUGAGCUGCAGACAGUGCCUGCUGAUGCCAGCAGUGAUCCAGAGGAUGAGGAGGCCGAGGAGAAAACCAAAAAGAAGAAAUGGCAGUCCUUUGUGGUGGACCCUGCAGGGGACUGGUAUUACCGCUGGCUGGCUGUCAUUGCUGUUCCUGUCCUCUACAACUGGUGCUUGCUUGUGGCCAGGGCUUGCUUCAGUGACCUGCAGAAGACUUAUGUUGUCCUCUGGCUGGUGCUAGAUUACAUCUCAGACUGCAUUUACGCUGGGGACAUAGUGAUCCGCCUGCGCACAGGUUUCUUGGAACAGGGCCUCCUGGUUAAGGACCUGAAGAAAUUACGGGAUAACUACAUCUACACCUUACAGUUCAAGCUGGAUGUUCUCUCCAUCCUGCCCACAGACCUGGUGUACUUUGCUGUGGGACUGCACCGCCCUGAGCUGCGAUUCAACAGGCUGCUGCACUUCUCCCGCAUGUUUGAGUUCUUUGACAGGACAGAGACCAGAACCAGCUACCCCAACAUCUUCCGCAUCGCCAACUUGGUUCUUUAUAUCCUGGUGAUCAUCCAUUGGAAUGCAUGCAUUUACUAUGCCAUCUCCAAAGCCAUAGGCUUUGGAGAAGAUACCUGGGUCUAUCCCAAUGUCACAGACCCUGAAUACGGGUAUCUCACCCGGGAGUACGUCUACUGUCUCUACUGGUCUACACUGACUUUGACUACCAUUGGAGAGACCCCUCCUCCUGUGCGCGAUGAAGAAUACCUCUUUGUGAUCUUCGAUUUCCUCAUCGGUGUCCUCAUCUUUGCCACCAUUGUGGGGAAUGUAGGGUCCAUGAUAUCCAACAUGAAUGCCACCAGAGCAGAGUUCCAGGCAAAAAUUGAUGCCAUUAAACACUACAUGCAGUUCCGCAAGGUGAGCAAAGACAUGGAAACCAAAGUCAUCAAAUGGUUUGAUUACCUGUGGACCAACAAGAAGGCAGUAGAUGAACGGGAAGUCCUCAAGAGUCUUCCUGAUAAGCUAAGGGCAGAGAUUGCCAUCAAUGUUCACCUGGAGACACUGAAGAAGGUGAGGAUCUUCCAGGACUGUGAGGCAGGUCUACUGGUGGAGCUGGUGCUGAAGCUUCGCCCUCAGGUGUUCAGCCCAGGGGAUUAUGUUUGCCGGAAAGGAGAUAUUGGAAAAGAGAUGUACAUCAUCAAGGAGGGGAAGCUGGCUGUGGUGGCAGAUGAUGGAAUAACACAAUAUGCUUUGCUCACUGCAGGCGGCUGCUUUGGUGAGAUCAGUAUCCUGAACAUUAAAGGGAGCAAAAUGGGCAACAGGCGCACAGCCAACAUCCGUAGCUUGGGCUACUCUGAUCUUUUCUGCCUGUCAAAGGAAGAUCUGAUGGAAGCGGUCACAGAGUAUCCCGAUGCCAAAAAGGUCUUGGAGGAACGUGGCCGGGAGAUCCUUAGCAAGGAAGGCCUGCUGGAUGAGUCAGCUGAAGAAGAAAGCAUGGAAGGGAAGAGUGUGGAAGAAAAGCUGGACAGACUGACCUUGAACCUGGACACACUUCACACUCGCCUUGGACGCCUCCUGACAGAGUACAAUGAUGCCCAGAUGAAGCUCAAGCAGCGCAUCACUGUUCUGGAGUCCCAAAUGAGGCAGCAGGAUCUGGAGGACUUCUUCUCAGAUAGUUCAGACAGUCUGUCUGAGGUUGAGGGUGAAGCUACACCUACUGGGUUGCAAUGAGAGGGUGCAGAUCUCAGCUAGAUGAUGUCUUGCCUUGUGCUGAGGCAGUUUCUAUUUCCCGUGGCUUUGACUCCCUUGACAGGACUUCUCUCAUGUUCUCAGCAUUGCCACUGAGUGGCAGCUCCUGAGAUGGCUCCAAAUCAGGCAGCUGUCCUAGCUCCUCCUCAGUCUUGUUUCAUUUCUUGUGAAACCUCUGACUUGGGUCAGUAAGAAGAGAAGGGUGGCUAAUGCCACUACUGAUGUUUCCUUCCAGCUUCAGGAAAAGGUCUCUGUCAGUCACACUUCUUCUUUUUGCCUUAGUAGAAAGUGGGAUGUGAACCUUGAUGGGGGAGGGCAUACCUGGACUCAAGUGAGAAAGUCAACUUGUGCCUCUCAUAUCUGCAGACAGGGAAGCUUGUCUGGGUCACUGUCACCCCAUAAGUCAUCUCCACCUCUUAUUCUGAGGCUGGGCAUCCAGCUGGAAGAGCAGGCAGCUGCCCACUGUUCUUUCUGCUGUAUUCAGAGCUCAGCCAUCAAAUUGCCCCAGCACAGACACCUGGAUAGCCCAAGCAUCUCUCUUACCUGGCAACAGCAGUCCCUCCUGCUCUCCUGCUGCAGUGCUGGAGGGAUUUCUAUUUGGACUACAGAGAAUUCGGAUGAUGAGUGCAGUGUGGAGGUGAAGACUGCUCCUUGUUGAAUGACAGCGCCUGUUGCCCUGUGAGAGGAACGAAGAUAGCAGCUGUCUCUCAUCUAUCUAAUGAUGGCUGGAUGUGCCAGGAAGGGUAUGACUGAAAUGACAUAUUUUUAAGGAACAAAGCGGUGAUAGGACCCAACUGUGCCCAUAUUUGCUUUACUGUGGGUAGCUCAGAAAGAGUGUAGAACACGUUUAUUUUCUUAGGCAGGAGGUUUUCUUGUAGUCGGUGGGAGUUUAGGGCCAGUUGCUGCCUGGAGAAAUGAAUGGCAGUCAUGGGGAUAAGUGUGCAAGGACAAAAACCUUAAACCGUCACUGCCACCAGCAAAGCCCUGUAGGCCCAUGGUGCAAGCAGGUAAGAGUGGCCAUGCAAUCCCUGCAAGCUCAGCACUUCCAAAGAGGAGGCUUCCAAAGAGGAGAAAGCUUGUUAGAGAAGAGAAUUCUUGGGAAAUUCAUGUGCUGGGUCAAAUUCAACUCAUAGUUUGGCUAAAAUAGUGGGAUGACAAAUGAGGGCAUGGCAAAGCACAAAGGCUCAUGGUGGAAAACGUUUGCUUUGUCUUUUCUUUUCCCUCCAAAACGAGCCCAACUUCCUUUAUUUUGGAUGAUUUUCUGUUCGAAAUGAAAUGGCCCUGCGGUCUGGGAUUUCUGGGAGAGGGAAGAUUAAAUUACCAAAAUUAGAACAUGGUGCAUGAUAACGUUUUUUUUGGUUGCCUCGAUGAAAUAUG